UGGGCAAUAUUGUCAUUUCGCCUCGGCCCUGAUGAGUCAACGACUCGAUGGCUCUCCCCCGACCCUUCUGCUCCCUUUCCUCUUCCUCGACGCCUCCAGCAAACCAUGGCAGUCGCUGUGUUCGCGGUUCAGCAAGAGCUUGCAGGCUCGAUCGUUUCCAGUAUCGCCGAUGAGCUAUUUCGGGCAUAUGCUUCAGACUGCAACAGAUAUGCUGAAAUCCAUGGUAUCGCCUAUGAGCAUGAGAGGCCAUCCUCUGCUUCACCGAUGGUGUAUCGAGUCGGUUGUCGGAAGUCAUGUGAAGUUUUGAAGGCCUCUGAAUUCAGUACCGUGGAAACCGUUGAAAAGAGCAUCGAAUCAUCUGCGUCAGUUCAUAAAAAAAUUGUGGAGUUCAUUGGAGAAAGAGCUCGUGCUCACAAGACGCAUAGGUUACUCUGUACACAAAAACAAAACCUUGAUGAGCAUCACGGAAUUGAUUGGAACACACGCUACAAAAUGAUUAAGGGGACUUGCGAGGGCUUUUCAUACCUCCAGAGGCAACUGCAACAUUGUAUUUAUCAUUUUGAUGUUAAAGCAGAAAAUAUAUUGCUGGAUGCAAAUAUGGUGCCAAAAAUCACAGAUUAUGGCAUGUCACGGUGCUUCGGGGAAGAACUAGCACGAAACAUGACAAAUUGUAUAGGAACACAGGGGUACAAGGAGCCAGCGAUGAAUGGAAAGAUAACCUCACAUAUGUCCGACAUAUACAGUUUGGGUGUCAUAAUCUUGAGUAUAUUGAAGAUUUAUUGGAGGAACAAGCAACAGGCAAGGCAAAUAAUGUUGAUGCUUGAGUCAUCUUCCGAACAAAUGAAGAGAUUAAACCAAAUAGUUUUAAGCUGUCUGGAAAAAGGCAAAUCCACGAAGGUUACGAGAAGCACUGUUUCUUCAACGCGACGAGCAGCGCAUGAUAUCAUCGUCCCAGAUUCUGGUGUUCGCAUCAGCGCCAUGGUUGACGUCCCCAAAACGAAACCUUCCCCGGCUUGUAUUAACAUAGACAAGGCACCAUCAACUCCUGAAGAUUCAGUGAUCCUUGUGCUUGAGUCCGGAAGCAGUAAAUUGGCUCAAACACCAUCUACGCAUCGACAUCUCAGUCAUAGUAACCAGACAGAUGAACGGAGCAACAAACCACUCUCUAAUAGAGCUCCAGCGACCAAUUCGUCAGCAGACAAAACACGCGCUACAAUGGAACCUAAUAAGCUUGCUGAUGAUGAAGCUCACAGUGAACCUAAUUCCAGUGUCGACGAACGCGAUACCAAUGAGGUGGCAAGGAGAUCCUGCAAAUGGUAUGUCGCAACCGGCGCAGCACAUCACGCCACAGGGGACCGUGGUCAAAUCACCAACAUGGUGGAACUCGAGAACGAUAACCUUUGUGUUCAGGCGGCAGAUGGGACGCCCAUGCCUGUACGUGGCCGCGGCAACGUGGAGACCGACAACGUGGUGCUUCCGGACGUCUACUACGUCCCCGGGCUUUGGACGAACCUUGUUUCCGUCGGCCAGCUUGCCGGGCUGGAUUACUGCGUUGGGUUUAGCCGCGGUGCGUGCCACGUCAGUGACGCCGCCGGCACGGUCGUCGGUACGGCCCACGCCAGGGGAGACGGCCUGUAUGAGGUGGACCAUCUGAGAGUGCCACUUGACAUGCGAUGAACUGCUGCUGAUGAAUCAUGAACGAGUACGCAGGCAUAUUUACGGUUGUGCGAGCUAGUGCGAUCGAUGUGUGUAACAUGCAAUAAGGGCGACCGAUCCAUGCACUAUAUUGCUUUCUCGCUUUUGUUGAAACUUAUUUGUAUGUCUUCCUGUAUGUCUUCCUGAUCAGCCCAAUUCCACUGCACCAACUAUGCAGGAAACCAUGUUCCAUGAACUGGUUAUCAUUAUAUAUGCUAUUGCUUAUGUGUUUUUUUA